GAAGUUAGAAGACUUUACCAGUGUGCUGCGUGCCGUGGACAGGGUUAUAAGCGGGAAUCCGGCAGCUGAGGGUUGCUCUGUGCUGAGGCCGUGGACAAGGGCGGCACUGUUGGUCGUGCUCCUCCAUCCUAGCCAUCCUCACCGUACCUCCCUUACCUGCCUGACGCACGACCAGCACUAUCACCUUGCCUUAGUGCCCUGAGUGCUCCACCGCGAACACUUGAAAAACAAAUCCUUUCCCAGUGAAUCUCUCGAGUUAUUGCGAGUUAACCAGCACUGGAGAUCAAAAGAAGGCACGUCACGAGCGGUCUUCCUGCAGGUGGCGGCAGCGAGGGACUCUACUAUCAAGGGAAGAGGGCGGGAGAAGCCCCUCAAGUCAGAUGGGUUCAAACAAAGCGCUGUUAAAUCGUAAGGACUGUGGCAUGGUGGUGAAGCGGUGCACAGAUUGUUAGCUCGUCUGUACAUGCCCUGCUGCAGAUUCGAGGAAUAUAAUCAGUAUGGUUCCAGUAACUAGAAAUUAAUCGUCUGCCUCGCUUGUUCAAACAAAAGACAGGUGGGGAGUGAAGCAGCCGGUUUCACGUUCUCCAUGGUGGUGUGAAAACCGACUGUCCAGGACCCUUCAGCAUCAUGGCCACCCGAACAUUGAUACGUUCAAGAGGAUUAGUGAUGGUGGUGGUGUUGGUCGCGGCGUCAACAAACUGCAGCGCUUCCUCUAUUCUACUUCACCCAGACGCCUCCCUCCCUUUGUUAGCGGAGCAAGAAGACCCACGCCACGGACUGAGUAACCUCACUCACAACGCACCGUCCUUCUCCGUGCUGCAGGACAAAGAGUACGGAGACAACGGGGGCUUCUUCCUCGAUGAGUUUGAAGCAGUCACGAGAUCAGACACGCUGGAGUGCCCGAGUGCUAACGUGAUCACAACUCGCUACAAGUGUCAAGUGAAGGAUCAGUGGGUGGACUGCUACCGGAGACACUGCUGCCAGGGGUACAACUUUGUGGCCGGGAGAUGCCUCCCGGACAGCGUGGACCCUUGCUCACAAAACUUCUGCGAGCAAAAAUGUUCUGUGUACUUCGGACGAGUCAUCUGCACUUGUUUCUCUGGCUACAGGUUCAGUCCGGAAAACCAUAAGAGAGGGAUUACGCCUGUGUGUCUGGACAUUGACGAGUGUUCUAGCGGGACCGCCGUCUGCCAACACGAGUGCAUCAACGAACCAGGCUCUUUCAGGUGUUCCUGCCGUCCAGGUUUCCGCCUUCGAGGAGACAACAUCACUUGUGAGUUGGAGAGCGAGGGUGGGGCUGUUCCCUCUCCCAGGCAAUGGGACGCCUCAUCCCCCCCAGAGUCCGCCCAAGCCCGCGAGCGUUCUCAUAGGCGUAACCAAGGCAACGAGUGUUCCGCGUCCUGCUCCUCCGUUGGACAAAUGGCAGCAAAGAUAAGGAGUCUUGAGGAGAAGAUCGACGCUCUCAGUACCGCGGUGAGACUGUACAGCUUUGCCGCUGGUCUUCCUGGCCCUGAAGGUCCCCCGGGGCCCCCAGGAUCUUCAGGACCCCGUGGCUUUCCAGGUCCAGCAGGGUCCCCAGGGCCGCCGGGGGAAGAAGGGCCGCAAGGGCCCCCGUGGACGGCGCCUCCAAAGACAACGGUUGCGCCGUUGCCGGCUGAUGAACCUUUCACGAAAGAAGAUUUUCCCCUCGACUCAUGGACAGUCAUCACAGGACAAGGCCGCCGCAAGUUUUGCAGGUGUCGUCGAGGAGCUGUGGGACCGCCAGGAGCGAGUGGGAAGCCAGGACCGAGGGGACUGCCAGGGAUCCCCGGAGUGCCAGGGGAGAAAGGAGAUCCAGGCUCCUUUGACUUCCUUAACCUCAUGAUCGCCGAUGUCAGACACGACAUCCAAAAGCUCCAGGAAAAAGUCUUCGGCGACGAGUUGCCUGAGCCUUACGACCUGGCAGCAGCAGUAGCACGAGGAGAGGCAUCCCAGGCGGCAUGGCAGAAGAAGUAUCGUUCCCAGCUGCAAGAAAUCGUGACCGAAGAAUAUGAUAAUAGGAUAUUCGGAGCAGCUGCUCGUUUUCAGCCACAUCUUCUUCAGCUUGGAGGGGCAAUGCGGGCUGAUCAACUUCAGGAUGACUCAGGCAAUUCAGUGACUGAGGCGUCCAAAAUACCCCAGCCCAGCCCCAGACCUGCACUGUCCCAAAUGAUGCGGCCGGAUCCCUCCACUGAAGAAGAUAGCAUUGUUCAUGAGCAGGUACUGACAGUGGAAGGACACACUCCAUUACCAAUAGACUUCCCUGAUGGUUUCUAUGACACCCAUUUGGUCCACGGCGACUCACUACUGGAGGAGUACAUAUCGCACUACGACUAUAGUCAGUUGCCAGAAGCGCAUUACAUAUCAGACUACGCACUGGACGCACCUUUUCCAUCAUCGCAGAUUCUGUCAUUUUCACCUUCACGUACCUUUCACUCAGCUGGCCCGUCGGCUAUUACCGCUGACAGUUCUCUUCAUCCAUCACCUAGUCAGGCCCGAGCCUCCCCUGGUAGAAGAUCGUUGGCUGACGACUCAAUGCCAGCUCAAGGAGAGAGAGAAGGGCAAGUGUAUGAUCAGCUGAACAAUGUGCCUAUUGACUUGUUUUCCUCUCAGGACUCAGAAACGUUGGAGUCCAAGAUGCAACCAACGAUGACACUUCAAGCAAGAAGUUCCCCAGAUCUUUCAAACAGAGACUCCAACCCUAUAGACGCUCCCAGAAGACUUAGCUCUCAAGAGGAAGUCACGAGGGAUAACGAUAACGUUAAUGAGGAUAGGAAUGGGAAUAAGGAUUCUUCUACUUCAGUGUUAGAAAUCAAUAGGUCACGCAUUAGAGAAUCUGAGAGGCUGAUCGAGAUGCUGGACGAUAUUCUUAGGGAGGUAAAUCUCACAGAACAGCUCUCCCGUACACCUCGAAAUCCAGAUGAAUCUUCGUACUUCCAAAGCGACUUUCCACAGCAUACCAUUUCGAUGCAUACCUUCAGCGACGCCUCCUACAGCUCCUAUAUCAAAGACAACAACUCUGAAGACACAGGCACAUUUCCCUUAGACACCUCAGAAACUUCCCAGAGGACCGACGACACUCCAAUGACCUCAUUUGUUAGUACCACCUCGUCGAGCCCUCAAGAACCAGCGCCUCAACUCUCUCAGGAAGAAGGGGAUGUCGCGUGAAGAAAUGACUGUCCCUCCAGCAGCUGCAUAAAUUACCGUAAGUCGUCGGAGUUCAUAAGCCUUCGUGAUUUUACGAUUCUGUAGCUGAUAUUUGUUAGUUGUCUGGAUGCCUUUCCUCUACCUAUGUAUGUACGUAUGUUAUCGACAGUGCUACUUUCAUUACUUCUCUUAUUAUUAUCAUUAUCAUUAUGAGUAUUGUUAGAGUUAUUGUCAUAAUAUUAUUGCUAUUAUCAUUAUCAUAAUUAUUAUUAUCAUUAUUAUCAUUAUUAUCAUUAUUAUAAUUAUUACUAUUAUUAUUAUUAUCGAUAUUAUUAUAAUUAUCUUUAUUAUUAUUAUUAUUAUUAUCAUUAUUAUUAUUAUCAUUAUUAUUAUUAUGAUACUUACUAUUUCAUUCUAUAAUUUCAUUUAUUCUGUUACUCUAAUUGUUAUCAUUGUCAUGACUAUUUCUAUAAUCAUUAAUGUACAACCACUAUACGUAUAUAUCUGAAAUAAUGAAGUGAAGACGCUCGUUUAUGAACUAGGAAGGCUGUACUGGGACAAAAAUAAAUAAUAAAUAAGUAAA